AUGGCACAGUUAUUAACGUAAUAUAUUAUAUUUAAAAAUAUAAUUAAAAGUGACAGAAAAGAUAGAAAAAUAAUCGAUAAUUCGUUACAGGUGAAUAAUUUAUUAUCGUCGUAUUAUCUACGACACGAAAACUUGUUGCAUUGAUUUCUCUUCUCUUCUCUUCCCUGCCAAGCAGUUCUUUCGCUUCUCCCUUUCCGCGUCCCAUGAAUUCACUCAAAUUCUUCGCAUUGUUGGAAGAUGGAUCGCGAGAUGGAUCGCGCUCACGGUGACGCAACGAGGGAUGAGAUUGAGAGAAGUGAAAUUGUUUCAGGGUGGCUCGUGCGAGUCGUUGUCGUCGAAAGGCGGAGCUCUAACCGGAAGUGACUCCGGGGUGCUCGAGCUGAGCGACAGCGGCGGAGGAGGCCCUCCAGGGGAAUGGGACGCGGUUCCCGGCAUAGUCAGACAAUGUAUCAGGCAUCUAGAAAAUACGGGGCUUCGGACGCUCGGUGUGUUCCGGGUGUCGCCUUCCAAGAAGAGAGUCAGACAGUUGCGAGAAGACUUUGAUUGCGGUCGCGAGACAAAGAUCGGACCCGAUCAGUGUCCUCACGACGUAGCGGCCCUCAUCAAGGAGUAUUUUCGAGAUCUUCCGGACCCUUUGCUCUGCAGAGAUCUCUACCAAGCCUUCGUCCAUACACAAAAGAUCCGGAACAGGCGACUUCAGCAAGAGGCACUUCAGCAUCUCGUUCAGCUGCUGCCUACGCCAAACCGUGAAACUCUCUGGGCACUUUUGAACUUUCUCAGCGUGGUCGCGGCGAACAGUGAAGAUCAAAAGAACGAGACAGGGGAUUGGAUACCGGGCAACAAGAUGGACACGAUCAACUUGGCCACGGUAUUCGCUCCGAACAUUCUCCACUGCGUGAAACCUGGACAAAGGUCGGAAGUGUCUGCGGAAAGGGCGGAAGAAAGGAUAGACGUGAUAAACGUAGUCAGAACUCUUUUGGAACACGCCUCGACGUUAUUUACAGUACCAGCCGCCCUUCUGGACGAAGUAUACUUGCACAUGAUGGACACCCAUCCGGCGGAUUUAGAUCUUGCGCUCUCUCGACGUGCCGAAGAGCAAUGCGGAGACGAGGCGGAUCCGUGCAGCGAAGCCGAAACCUUCUCGGUCGAGGAGACGCUGACGACGUCGACAGCGUCCACGGCCGGGACGACCACGUCCACCAGAAAGGUGUGGACGAGGGAACAGUGUCUUCACCAAACAGCCGGCGUGGGCGGUGAUAUAGGUCCAAGGCCCAGGCGGCCAAAAAGGCCUGGUAGUCGACGAAAAGAGGAAGGCAGGAGUAACAGCGUGGACAGUGGAUCCAGCGAGGAUCCAGCCGAUCCACGAAGGAGAUCCUCGCCGAUGGUAAUCACCGCCAGUCUUACCAUACCGAUGUCUGGAGCGUUCACAUUGAACCUCGACGAUCCAGACAUUCCUUACAUCGAGGAAACUCCUAAGCAACCUAGUGCACCGCCGAGAAGGCAGAGGCAGCGAUCGAUCUCCGGCUGCAGCGAAGGUGGAAGACACGGAAGCGACAGCGCGGUGGGUUCCUCCGCCACUUUGUCGGGCGACCAAGUUCCAAGCUCUCCACCGUCAUGGGCGUCAUCGCCACCAGCCAGCCCCGACAGCGCGGUAACCGCUGUCUCUUACAUCCCCGACCAACAGGCCGUCCUUCAAAGGGUGUCGUUCACCACGUCGAGCGAGCUACGGCAAGUGACCAGGUCGACCAGCGGCCAAGAGACGUCGAGGAGCACCGCGGCCCCGUACACGCCGAGCAUCACCAGCAUCGGUGGUGCGGUUUUGAGAUCGAAGACCGCCGACAUCGAGAGGAUGUUACACAUCUCCAGACCAGACACAGGCAUCUCGACGUCGCAGCAGAGCAAAACAAGCUCCACAACGUCCUCGGAGAGCAAAAAGUACACGAAGAGACGUUACACAGACUCAAGGCAUCAGACUCGUCACAUCCCCGACUCGGAUACGUUGGCGGGGAAGAACACGGCCACGGUUUCGUCCUCGUCCUCCGUGACUAUGUCCUCCUCGUCGUCGGUGGCUGCCGCGCAGAACCAAAGAACCAGAGCACAGCCGGUCUGGAAGCGACGUGAACUCAUCUCCAGCGCGCCCAAGGACAGGGAGGGAUACUUCUGAACGUCCCUGGUGGGCGAUCGAGUCGAAUGUCGAUGGAUCUCGAUGAACAAUUUUCUCUUGGAAAACUCGUCUCAAGUUCCGAGAUUGGGAGUUUCGUUAAACGCUCGAUCAAAGUUUCGUUAUUGAUCUUAAGUAGAUAGGGAUGGACUGAAGAAAAUUAUGUCGAGGAAGUAUGUACGAAUUGAUUGAUAGAUCGUGCCUGAUCUUGCACUUGGGUACUGCUUAGGGAAUGAUUGAAUCGAGAAGUUCAAUUGUAGUUUGCGGCACUCGGAUGGAACGUGAAAGACGAGAAAGUUGUACGUCUGUGCAAAUUUUUCUACGACGAAGAACGUGAACUUAAAUAACGAAAGGUUAGAUGUUCUUGUAGGUUUACUUAAGUUAGUAUUUUGAAAUGAUCCUUCGGGGAAAGUCUGACGACAAACCUUGUGCCUUGGCGUAUUCAAAUUCUAAAGUAUUAAAUGCUCCCCUAAACUGACGAGGUACUUAACGUAUUUAAUGAUCAUAAAUUAUAUAACUUUAAUAGAUUAAUGGUUAAAUUUCUACGCGAGGAAAUUUGAACUGUGCGCUGGAAUAACUUCGAAAGAAAGUUCAAAGAGGUCCGAACUGAGCGUAUGAUUCGAUCGUCGAAAGUGUCUGUGAGAAUAAAAAAAAAAACAAUAUAGUCACUGCCGAUCAGGCGUGGCCUGGAAAAGUGUUCCUCGACACGUUUCUCGCUUCGAAAGCGAGAAAUCGUGUGUUCGACGUAUCGUGGGGUGUCUAUUGGUUCCUAGACUACCGUCCUCGCGCUCGCAAAGAUCUCCGUGACGAAACGCACGACUCUACACACUCUCUUUCUCUUUCUCUUUGUUAAUAUUUCCCUUAUCUCAUUCUGUCUCGUUCUAUCCUGUCCUCUCAACGAGAUUAACCUCGUGCUGUAACACACACAAAUGAAUCGAACGAGAGGAUCUUUCUACCUUGCGAUUAAUUUAUACGGAAGAAGAAGAAAAAAAAAACCAACAACAAAAUGAUCACAACAUUGAUCUUGUAUCUACAUUCUAAUGUAGUAGCGACACAUUAGCAGCGAUUUGUAAAUUAUUUUUAUUACCCUAGACUCGAAGGAUUCGUCCGAGUUCUCGUCGAUAAUACGCGAGAACUGCGAUGUCUCAUCUUAUAAAUCCUCGACGAACCAAAGUUAAAGCAAGACUAGUCUCGAGUCUCUUGAACUUGCAUCGGGCCAUACUAUCUCUCUCUCUCUCUCUCU